UCUGGUAACCCCACCCCGGCGAGACAUUUUCUGCCCCGCGCGGGGCGGAGGCGGGAUGCGGGAUGCGGGAUGCGGGCAGGAGCGAGAGGCUCCGUCUGCGUUACUCGCUCUAGGACUUUCUCCUGCCUGGCGUGAGGGUGGGGAGGGGGCACCGCCGUGCCUCGCCUCUACUUCCUACUCCGUGAUGUGCGGCACAGGCAUGCUCAGUAGCGGGUGCCGACCCCUCCUCUCUCGGCAACAGUGCCUACAAGACUAGAAGAGCGCUUGCAGCAGGAGCGGAGCCGGAAAGCCAUCUUUGCCGGAGUGGGAGGCAGCCGACCCCGAGCCGCUCGGCGCCCGCUCGGCUGCACGCCAUGAAGCAGAGAAGCCCCAGGAAAUACAGUUGAAACCAAAUUAGACGGCAGCAAGGAUGCUGGAAGAGAGCAAAUUGGGAAGUGUCUACUGUACGCCAAAUCAUUUUAAGGACAGCUUGAGACGUGCAAAAAAGAUGAAAAUUACUGGGCAGAAAAGGUCUGCUCCAGCUCCUACCCAAGGUCCCACCAGUGCUGGGGCUGCAGGGCUACCUCCUGCUACCAAUGUGUCAAGCAACAAACGGCUGCAGCAGACACAAGCCCGGGUGGAUGAGGUGGUAGACAUCAUGAGAAUGAAUGUGGACAAGGUGCUAGAAAGAGACCAGAAGCUAUCAGAGCUUGACAAUCGGGCAGAUGCAUUGCAAGCAGGUGCCUCACAGUUUGAAACCAGUGCAGCCAAACUGAAGAGAAAAUACUGGUGGAAAAAUUGCAAGAUGAUGAUCAUCCUUGGUGUAGUAUGCGCAGUCAUUCUCAUUAUAAUUAUAAUUUUUUUCUCCACUUGAAAAAGCAAAGAAGGAAGACUUGGCACAACUUUGUUCAUAUCAACCAACAGUAUCAGUGUUCCUUUGUUGAACUCCGCUUUUUAAUUCCCGGUGUCUUGGGAUUUUUGCUUGUAAUAACCCAUAAGCAUUCAGUGUGGUGUGUUUUGGAAUUCUGUUGUUUCCACAAGAAACUGUACCAGCUAAAUACUGCCAAGUAGUUCCAUACACUGUCUUAUCACUGUGUCUUAAAAUGUGUAUGCAUUGACCUUCAGAAACUGUAGUAUAUGAAAAGCAUCCUAAGCAUCUUGGGAUCAGAGAAUGCAGCUAUGGGGAAGCUCCUGCUUAAAGGGACACUGUCAGGUGGAUUGGACCCAAACCUAAGGUUGCAGCAAACAUUAGAGCCAAAAUUCUCAAUCUGAGCACCUGAAGUUGGAUGGCAAAAUCCACUAUCAGGUGUAACUUUUUGAGGUAGUACCUGCUACUCCCAUUGAAAAGAGUGGCACCUACAAGUAUUCAUGUAAGACAUCUUAUUUUCAACCUAGCCAACAAAACACAGAUUUUUUGAGAUUAGUUGUAGUAUCCAAAUCUAAAAACAUUGUCUGCAGGAAAUAAAUAGGACUGGAUUAUCAUCUUCUAUGGAUUUAAAUUUUUCCUUAUGGGGUGUUCUGUACAAGCAGGAUGACCUCAAUAUGAAAGCCAGAAAGAAAACUGUAUGAAAACCAAAAAGCAUUAGCUAGCACAAUCUUGAAAAAGCCAAGUGAAAUGCAAAAAUUGUAAUACAGGCACCAUAAAUGACCAAGAUACAGAAUCUUGCUAAAAACUCAAGGCACUGUUUGUCAGACUUCAUGGGACUCUCUUGAAUGCCAAUCCCCAAUACUUAUGGCCCUAACUUAAAGCACAUGAACAACUUUGGUGAUGUCUGUGGCUUGCCAGCACAGUUGUAGGAAGCAAUCUCUGCAGCAUUUUGCAGAAAUGGUCCCUACUGUGAGGACCAUUCAAAAGUCAGGAGAAGAAGGUAUGGGUAAAUAGAGGGAACAGUGGAGAGAGGCUGAGGAAGGGAAGGGUGCCUAGCAAAGCUUUCUUGGAGAAGAGGAAGGCAGAGAAACAUUGUUCCAAAGUGGUGGUGUUAAUGGGCUUUUUAAAAAUUUAAUUUAAUUUGUGUGUGUGUGUAUAGUUCAUAAACUAUAGUGUCGUCUUCGUAAAGUGCUCAGCUGAGAUAUUUUUCAUACUUACUUUAACAUUUGAUGUAAUUAAGAGAAAUGAUACAUUGCAGUUUGAGAGAAAGUUCUUGUAUGCUGCUGUUGUAGGGUUUCUCCCAAAUGUUGAAUUCCUUGUUUUUUCUUUUUUUAAACACUGAAGAGUUUAAUCAUAGUUAACCAAAAUAAAAAUGAAUUAUCAAAUUUUGAGCCAGGAAAUUCUGAAUGGGUCUUUUUAGGAUAACUCCUUCUGAAUUUCUAAGAAGAAUUUGUAGAAUUUAAAAAAAAACCCAACUUUUUUUUUUUUUUUUUUGUCCGCAAUUUGAUUAGGGUAUAGAAGUGGUGAUAAUAGUGGUGUAAAUAUUCCCACUGUGGAGCAUCUUUCUUGACAUGGUCUUAUAUUAAAAAAAAACAGAGACCCAGACCAGUUCGCUGCAGUGGGUGUAUAUACAAAUUGUGCUUAAGUAGAAUUUGGCAGACAGAAUAAGCAAUGAUCAGUUGAAAGGUUCCAGUUGCAUGAAACUUAACUUUCAAAGUUACUAAUGUGCUACUGGACUCCCUGGUAUGCCCUGUUCACUUCAGUCCUUCAGCUGAGUGAGUACAUAAAAAAUUCUAAAAUCCUUAUGGGCCAGACAGAAAACUCUGCUGUCAUGAAGGACAUUGACUCCGUGAGGUGCCACAACUGAAUGCUACAUAUAAUUGAGCCUUCACUGGAAAAGGAAUAAGCCAUCCAAAUUCAGGACCCCUUUUAAACUACUAAGAUAUUUGGCUAGCUGAUAUGAAAGAGUUAUCUCCUAAGAGUGAGACCCUGCCACCCAUACCCAUGUUGAGCAUGGCUUGAUCCUCACAGGGCUUCUCUACAGGAAUGCUGAAAAGACUCAUGAGAUGAAGAUAUAGCUUUCACCGGAGAUGGUACCAUCAGUAAGGUUAUAUGCUGAUACAGAUCCUUAAAUUAGACGGUGCCUUUUCCUAUGAGUCUGAACUGACUACUUAGCUGAUACAGCUGCAAAUACACAUCAAGGAGUUUGAAUCCUCUAGCUACAAAGAUGCAAAGUUUCCAAAUGAAACUGCUAUAAGAAUGCAAAGCCCACAUCCUCCUAGCUAACAUAUCUCAAGCAAGUUAAUAAUCAAAGUGGGAGCUUUAGGGGAGAGUGGAGAAGAGAAACUGCUGGUUGUGGAAUGUGUACUCAUUCUCCCUCAAAACAGUAACUAAUGGGGAUGACUGCUAAAUGUUGGUGAGAAUUUGCAAGGAGUAGUUUAGUCAAGAGACCUAGCCUCUGGUGGGUUGUAAAGUGUUUGUGAAGAGACAAUUUUCUCCUGUGUGCUAAUGAAAUAUGCUAAAUUAAUGUGUUUAACUCUUUUAAGUUGUUUGCAUAUAGCGUGCUCGUGAAUGUUCGAUGUUUGCUAGUUGUGCUGUGCUGGUUGGUUGCAAUCAGUAAGAUAAGCCAUGUAACAUUUCUAAUUCAGCCCAGGAAGCAAGUAUGCACCUUCCCUGAUGCACAGAGCCAGAGUCGAACUGCUCCUGCAGAGGGUUAAUUCUUCUGCAAGGAGAAUAAUGGUAAUAUAGGACUGUUCGGGGUCAUAGAUAGUGCAACACCAUCACAUAUAUGUAGACUGGUACAGAGGACAAUCUAUAUAAACACAGUUGGAGAUCUUACUUGUGUUGAAGCCAGGAUUGAUUGAUUUCCACUCACUGCCUCUACAUUUAAAAUGUCCAUGAGGUUACAACUGCCUACUUGUAAUAGUAAAUUUCCCAUGAGAAGAUUAACUCAUUCUUGUUUAGUCAGCACUGAUUAGAAUGUCAGUUACUGGGUAGAAUUUCAACUACUACUCUUCAUCACUAACUACUGCCUAGGCUUUUACCUUGGGCUGGUAAAAAGGCACAAAAGGGCUUCCUUUUACCCACUCCCCAGCAAAACCUUGGGACUGCAAGGCUGAUUGCUUUCUGACUGCCAUCUUGGGGACUGAACUGAAGUCUUCUCUGGCUGGCUGCAAGGAUUUUGAUAGCUUUAGUCAGAGUUAGAUGUUGUUUGAGACUUGCGUAUUCUAUCCUUAUGAGAAGCGCUUGCUCUUCCUCUGAUUUCUGGGCUACAGCUGAACAGCUAGGAUGAUAUGCCAUUCAGAAACAGCAUAGCUGAAAUGGGGUGGUUAGGAGCUGGUCUGUGCUUGUACCACAGCUGCUGUUUGGCUUGCCAAUGAGUGCACGUCAGCUUCUGAGGUUGAAGAAGUGUUAUUUGCAUCCACAAUCCACAGGCUAGUAAGGUUCUGCUUGGGCAUUACACCUUCCUCCUUCUAAUUCAUCUCACCUUGCAAUAACAUAAAUGUGUCUUUAAGCCUAAAAGAAUUGGUGUACGGAACUUGCAGGAGCAAGUAGCGUGGAAGCCCAAACGGGGCACUUGACCCAAUUUUCGCUUGACAACAUUAUGUAGCAGCACAGUCAAUCCAACAUAGUCCAACAUAAUCCAAUAUUAUUAGAAGGAGGAGGGGAGAAUCUGAUAAAGAUUCUGAAUGUAACCUAGGGUCUGUAAGAAAAGAAGUGAUUUAGAAAUGUAAUCAGUUUGAUUUUUAAAGCUGGCACUUUAAUUCUAUUGGAACCUGCAUAAGGUUAGCCCCGGGAACAGUUCAGGCAAGUAAAAUACUUGGCUUUUUUCUUUUUAAAUGGUGAUCUGCAAUAAGUGACUUAAACACUCACAAUGACGGAAGAACAGGACAUUAUUAACUGUGCAACGAAUCAAUUAGAACAGCCACAAUCUGCUAUGUUUUUGUCCAGGUAGCAAGACCUUUUGAAAUUCUCCUAUGUCUGUGUCUCAUUUCUGUCACUGCUCCUCUGACAGGGCUUCACAUAACUUUAACAUUAUGAACAGCUGAGCUACUUCUUGUCUGAAUACAGUGGAUUUUAGCUCUUAAGAGCAAGCUCAUGACUUGACAUCUGUGUUAGAACGUACCUGUAAAAUGGUGAUGUCUGCUUCUCAGAAGUGCGUCUACCAUGAGAGACUCAAACUUCAGGAACUUUUAGAAGCUCAGAUGUUACUCAACUCUUUUUCAUGCUUUUACAGAGUGAGUUUUUCGCUAUUCCAUGGGAGGUUAUCCACCCAGUGGGAAUAUGUAUAAUCUAUUUUUUUUUUAUGACAGUGCCUUGAUCACACAUGUUGGUGCUAGGCCUUCACAAAGAAACUAGAGAGCACUUGGAUGUGAUCCAGGAUUUAGAUCUCAACCCUGUUUCUCCUGCCCUUUAAACAGGGAAGAGGGCUAAACCAGUAGCCACAUAAGGCACUGGGCUCACUCCCAGUGUACACAGUGAGUAUUGGAGAAAGGCCUCGAAGAGACCAAAGUCUCUUUGGUUUGGAUUCGUGUCCCGACCUGAACUUUAGACCCAGAACAGGUCACAACCUUUGGGCUCCCUGUAUAGUCAGAAUAGUGAGAUGCUCUUCCAGCCAGUUCUUCCUCUCACCUCAUUUAGGUCCCUCUUGCUAGACAAGAUACAUUUGAGCAUGUGUUUCUUCAUGCAGGAGAAAACACAAGCACCCGCAAAUUACCUUCUUUAAAAGCAAAACCAAAAAGGCUGAAGAAUGUAGUUUGAAAAAAAUGAAUUAUAUCUAGAGAAAUGAUUGGCUGAAGAUUUCUCAGAUGGUGACAUUAUUUUCAGGAGGGAUACUAGAUUGGGAUGUAUGAAACAACCACAUCAGAACCUCACAUCAGUUGUUCUUGCUUCAUCUGGUCUCCUUCAGAAAUACUUCUCCAUUCCACUUCAACAAAGGACUUUGUUUUCCUCUUCAGCUAAUUUCCCUUCCUUAUUUCAUUAAUGUAUGUCUCCAUUGAUGUGCUCAGUAGCUUUUUUUCUCCAUUGAGGACCAGAAGACUGUCUGCCUUUAAACACAUGCAUAAAGAGAUGUGAGCCACCCAAGGAGUUUACUUUUCUUCCUGAUGCACUGACAUUUAAAAGCUACAUCUUACAAUAAAGCAGAGAAAACUGUGGCAGUCCGGUUACAUGCAGUUUUGGUGGAGUAAACACUUGAUUAUUCAACAGUGAGUCAUUUCUGCAGUAACCUCAUUCUGUCAUGACUGUAUCACAUCUGCUAACUCUCAGAAGCAAAAAUCAUAACCUGUACUGGUUUAAAACAUAAAUACAGCAUCGUGGUUCAUACGUAACACUCUUUGGCCAAAGAAGUCAUGUGCUAUAAGUUUAAACGGGCAAAGUACUUGUUCUCAAAGAGAAAAUAUCAGAAACAACAAAGAUAAUUAUGAAGAAAGCUUCUUCAUUCUUUAGCUCUUCUCACAGUGUCUGGCUUCUCCAUUAUUCUUCAAGUUUCUAUUCAUUCUCUUAGAAAGUCUUUGUGGUUUUGGACUGUAGUGUAUUUAGAACAUAGGAUAUUGGGGCUAGGAUUGUUCUGCUGCCCUCUGAGUUGACUCCCUGCCUUCUGCCAUAUUGUUAUUGUUGACCUCAACCAGAGCUGAGGCAGGCCUGAGUGGAGCAGAACCUCCUCCCCAUAAUGUCCUGUGCUGUCCUCAAACCAACCUCCACUGAUGGGACGAGAACACUGGAGGCAGAAUAUAGCUCCUGGAUCUUAAUUUGGUUUAAAAUGAUGUGGUACAAAAGAAGGCUCCUGACUGCUAGACAACAGCAUUUUUGCUACACUACUUUAAUUGUAACACUGGAAUUUUAAUUAAACGUAUUUAACAUUUCUUGUAACAGUAAUUUCAUCAAUUUUGAUGGAAAAGAGAGGAAACAGCAAAUAAGGAUAGUGUGAUAAUGACAACAUAGUAAAUUGGGAAACGGUUUAAGUGAGAUAUAGCCAACAUACAGUAAAUUCCUUUUUAUAAGUGGCUAUACCCAAGAGCACCUUUCGUAUGUUAGAACUAAGCAGUGCUAGUCUAUUGAAGUGCAUAUGGACUACUACUUAAAAUGAACUAUGACAAAUGGUAGUUGAAUGUACUUCCUUUCACUUUUUUCUUGAAAACGCAGGAGAUAUAUGCAGGAAGGAUGAUCUAGUAUUUUUUGCAGAGCGCACCAUUUGGGGUAUACCAGCCAAAGACAUGCUGCUGUUGUCAGCUGCAGUAGUGGUCGAGGACUUCAGUCAAGUAAGGGCUCCAGAGUGCUUGAUGCAUGGAUACAUACUGAAUGCUCACUUUGUUGUAUAGCACUUCAGUCUGCCAGUAAUGAAGUCUUUUUGACACAGCAUGAUUAUUUUGCUUACCCUUGUUCCACUCUAGUAUCUAUGCUUGUCCACCAAUAAAUGAUCUAAGGAGAGGAUGGAAAAUCACUUUGCUGAAUCCAUUACAUUCCUGUCAUGUAUAUGUGAACACAUGGUGGUGGUCUGAACUUUUGUAAUGAAUAGAGUUUAAAAGAAUUAAGAUGUCUCAAUAUUUUAAUCUAUCCUUUGAAAUUAGUUUCUCCCCCUGAUAAGCUGCAGGUUUGUUUAAAGAGUAAAUAAUGGCAGCUGCUGUUGUUUUCUUUGUUCAAUGUUUGAGAUAGUGCAUAUAAUGGAGCCACAAAUUCAUAGAUGCACAAUGCAUAAUUGUUUUCAGAAGUUCAGCUAUUAAUAUUUAUAGUAUUGACCUGAAAGGCUGCAACAAUUUCUCCAUUAGUCACGGUAGCGUUGGCUGAACCUGAAAAUUCAGUGGUCAGCGUGACUACUGUGCCGCUAGCAAGCUACAGUGUACUAAAUAAUGCAAGUUCAGCCUUUCAUGAAACUUAAAGGGAAAAAAGAUCCUGAAUAAAAGUAGAAAUGUAUAGUAAAGGCCAUGGGUAUACAGUUUAACCAUUACUUAUUUAAGUAUUAUCUAUUAUUUAAACGAUUAGCAGUUAUACAAAUAGUUGAAUAAUUAGCUUCCAAAGCCUUUUAUUGAUGAAAGAAUAUUUUUUCUCAUUAGAAAUGCUAAGUUCAGUCUAUGUUCCAUUUACUUUUUCCCCAGAUUGGAAAUAAAAUAAAAUGCCAUGUAGCUAAGACACACUCACAGAUCUGCACAAUAAAAUGUUACUGAUAGCCCACUACUUGUCAUGAAAAACAUCGUUACUUUGUCUUGUAAAUGAAAAGUCCUCCCUCCCUCGACCACAUACGUGGUAAAAUAUUAGUCACAUUAUGUAUAUCAGCACCACUGAAAGAUUAGAAAUUAGUACCUCCUACUCAAGAGCAGGGCUUAAAAACAUCCUUUGUCUGUUGCAAAAAUACAUUUUGAGGGGGAAACACCAACUGUUGUAGAGGUUAAAUUUUUACUUGACAACUCCUAUUCUUUUUUCCUCCCCCUUUCUGAAAGAAGUGCUUAUAUACACAGACAAGCAUUUGCCAUUUGGGUGAUACGUUCUCUUUCCAAAUAUGAAAGAGAUGAAACAUAGCCAGUAUCUCCUGUGAACAACCUCUAGUUUGUUUUGCAGCAUAAAAAGUUCUUUUAGUGGCAAUAUAUGAACUCUUAUUAUAAACUGGUUUUAGUCACUGCAGGAAAUGAGUUUGUAGCCAGCUAAUUAGUAUUUCCUUAAUGACUUAUGCUUGAGUGUUCACACAGAAAAGCAGCCUCUGGAGGUGCUAUCUAAUCAAUUCAGCACUGUAGACUUAAAAUGGACAGAUGGUUGAGUAUUUCACACUCUAUGGCCCAGAGUGAAAAGCAAAGCAUGCCCUGUUCUGGAAGAGACUUCAACAUGUGCUUAAGCAUAUUGAGAAUUUCCAUUCUCUGUUUAGGACAACAAAAAACCCAUCAUUUGUCCUUACUAAACCCAGGCCUGAUAUGGAAUCUGUGCCAUGUUCUAAUUCAGGAGAGGAAAAGCCUUUCCUUUCAAUGAUAGAAAAAUUAGGUUGGAAAGGACCCGUGGGGUUUAUUUAGUCCAAUCUCCUGCUCGAAGCAGGGCUACCUUUGAGGUUGGAUCAGGUUGCACAGGGUUUGUCUUGAAUUUUGAAAAUCUCCAAGGCUGGUGAUUCCACAGUGAAUUCUGCCAUUGGAUAUAUUCUCUACCCUACCAAGGCUGAUAAAAGUGCAGUAUGCACCUUCAUAAGUGUAUGUGGUUUAUGUUUUUGGCUUUUUUUUUUUUGUGCACUGAUCUGAUUAGAGUCAAAUUCAGAUCUAGUGGGAGUAAGUGCAACCCUCAUUUUUCAAAGAGCUUCCACUGAUAUCAAGAACUUUUCCUUCUUCCUCAUUUACGUUGGACUAAGCCAGUUCUGAUCACGCUUAGGGUAUCAGUGCAUUCUCUCCCCUCUGUGUAUGUGAAGCCUGCUCCUCUGACACUGAAGCUGAGGAUAGGCAUAGGACCAGAUUCAGGACAUCUGGUAAAGUCUAGUUCUGUACUGUCUGAGGUCAGUGACAAAACCUUGAUUGGCUACUAAGUUACUAGACUGGCACCAAAGAAGAGGAUUUACUGAGAUUACUAUUUCUCCUCACAAGUCACCUUAGCAAUGCCCCCCUCUUCCAAAUGCUGCUGAAUUGCAAUGCAAAACAAACCCCUUUCUUCUACCUCUUUCCUUUUAGUUCUUUGAGCUUUACUUCCUCUAAUAGGAAUAACCAGAAAUAAGUUUUCAGUUGCCCUUUUAAAAACUAAACUCCAGACCAAAUCUUUAAUUGCAUCCUUUUAAAGGCCACACAGUAGUGUUAAGGUAUGUAGUAAUGCACUCAGAAAGGAUCUGAAAGUCUGUGCUGAGAACAGCACCUCUCACCUCAUAGACUCAGCUGCACUGAGCAAGAAAUUGUGAUUUGUGCCUCUACAGAAAACAUUCCAUUUGCAUCUUAUUAGAGCUACCUGGGGAGGAAAAAUAAUGUUGUGGAGACCAGGAAAUUUCUUAAAGUGCUUUACCUGGAGGUCAGUGGAAUUCCAUUUAUAAAUGAUGAAUGCAUGCAUUUUGAUGCUAAAAUUGUGAUGACGUACAAAGUUUGAUAUGACUGUACUUUUCUGUGGAUGGUGAUUUUUUUUUUUGGAGUGGUGAACAUUUUUUCCAAGAAUAUCAUAGACAUUUGUAAUAUGUAUGUUUGUGCCAAUAAAUCUUGUUUUAAGAA